AUGGGCAUGAGGAUCAAGCUACACAGCACCGAUCACCCCAACAACCUGCUGAAGGAACUCAACAAGUGCAGGCUGUCAGAAACCAUGUGUGACGUCACCAUCGUGGUGGGGAGCCGCUCCUUUGCCGCACACAAAGCGGUGCUGGCCUGCGCGGCCGGCUACUUCCAGAACCUCUUCCUGAACACGGGGCUGGACGCCGCCAGGACCUACGUGGUGGACUUCAUCACGCCGGCCAACUUUGAGAAGAUCCUGAGCUUCGUCUACACGUCUGAGCUCUUCACGGACCUUAUCAACGUGGGCGUCAUAUACGAGGUGGCGGAGAGGCUGGGCAUGGACGAUCUGCUCAAGGCCUGUCAUUCCACCUUCCCCGACUUGGAGAGCUCAGCUGUUACCAAGCAGCCCUCUGGGUCGGGAGAAGGUCGUUCAGGCCCUUUGGGCGGCACGGCGACAGAACCAAACCAUUCCCUGGGUGAACUCCGGAGCAGUGGGGAGCACUUUGGCUCUGAGCGGAAUUGCAUCUUGCACGGGGAAGUGGCAGGUGGUUACAAAGAGGAUGACAGGAAUCCCAUGAGUGAAGCCGGCCAUAACCUGCCUUUGAUGCAUCAACCACCUCCAAAGACAGAAGAGCAGGAACUGACGGGGCAGUUUGCUUCUGCCACCAACGUGGUGUCUCAACCCAGCCUGGGCAACGUCAACAUGGCUGUUCAAACCACUGCAAGUACCUGCCAGCCCUAUAAGAUCCAGAGCAACGGGGACUUUAGCAAGACCAGCUUUUUCGCAGCUGACACCUCGCUGGACAUCUCCACCGGGAGCAACUCCUGCCCCAGCAACAGUGACCAUUCCAAAGACCAGGGCUUCGGGCAGAUGGAUGAGCUGCAGCUGGAGGACCUAGGGGCGGACGAGCUGCACUUCGAAGACGCCAGCGAAGAGCUGGGCCCGGUGGAGGAGGUCAUCGAGCUGAGCGACGACAGCGAGGAGGAGCUGGCCUUUGAGAACGACAGCCGGGAGAGCAAGGCCAUGCCCUGCCAGGUGUGCAAGAAGGUCCUGGAACCCAACAUCCAGCUGAUCCGCCAGCAUGCAAGGGACCACGUGGACCUGCUCACCGGCAACUGCAAGGUCUGCGAGACCCACUUCCAGGACCGGAAUUCCCGGGUCACCCACGUCCUGUCCCACAUUGGGAUCUUCCUCUUCUCCUGCGACAUGUGUGAGACCAAGUUCUUCACCCAAUGGCAGCUCACCCUCCACCGGAGAGAGGGCGUGUUCGACAACAACGUCAUCGUGCACCCCAGCGACCCACUGCCCAGCAAGAUCAACCUGUUUGGUGGAGGGCCCGGCUCGGAGCUGGUAUGCACCGCCUGCGGGAAGCCACUGGCCAAAGAUUUCCACACCGUCCGGGGCCACAUCCUGGACCACAUGAACUUGAAAGGCCAAACGUGUGGCGUGUGCGACCAGCGGCAGCUCAACCUCUGCAGCCUGAUGUGGCACACGCUGUCCCACCUGGGCAUCUCGGUCUUCUCCUGCUCCAUCUGUGCUAACAGCUUCGUGGACCGGCAUCUGCUGGAGAAGCACAUGGCCGUCCAUCAGAGCAUGGAAGAGGCUCUCUUCCGGUGCCAUUUCUGCGGCCAGAGCUUCAAGCUGGAAGCGGCUUACCGCUACCACGUCAGCCAGCACAAGUGCGGCGGCAGCCUGGACGUCGUCCGGCCCAGCUUCGGAGACCGUCUCCAGCAGCAAGCCCUCCAGAAGAGGAAGCUGCCGGAGGAAUUCCUGAGCGAGGACCUGGCCCUGCAGAACCAGCCAGGAAACAGUAAGUACAGCUGCAAGGUCUGCGGGAAGAGGUUUGCCCACACGAGCGAGUUCAACUACCACCGGAGGAUCCACACGGGAGAAAAGCCUUACCAGUGCAAAGUGUGUCACAAAUUCUUCCGCGGCCGCUCCACCAUCAAGUGCCACCUGAAGACGCACUCGGGGGCCCUCAUGUACCGAUGCACUGUGUGUGGACACUACAGCUCCACCUUAAACCUCAUGAGCAAGCAUGUCGGUGUCCACAAAGGCAGCCUGCCGCCCGAUUUCACCAUCGAACAGACGUUCAUGUACAUAAUCCAUUCCAAAGACGCGGAGAAAAACACAGACAGCUGA